AGUCAGAAAUUUCAGUGGAAAUUACAAACUUCAGAAGCCUUUUUAAACCGCAAAUACACUACAAGUUUUACAUGUCCUACAUUGCAGGAAGGUUCUCAUGCAACAGGGUGAUGAAAUUAAGAUCCUACAUCUGUAUGACUUUAGUUGGAUUUUUUAUUAAUUUAUACAAUUCCUUUGCUUCUUUUAAAAAACGUUUUAAAGCAGUGUUUGUGUCCAUAAAUGUUUGUUAUUGUCGUUGUUACCAUAUCUCUGUUGUGGGGCCCUCUUCAGCUCAGAGGAGUCUUUGGGAAAUGAGGAAGAGGAUGACAACCCAAGAAGAUAUUGUUCCGCGUCUGAGGACGGAGAUAGAGAGGAUUGGGACAGACCCCGCUCAGACCCCCUGAGGUCUGUGUUCGGACUGUCUCACAGCUUCAUCUUCAGUCAGGUUCACAGAGAAUCCCACAGGUCCCUGAGUGAGGUCAUACUGCCAUCCAUCCAGAGGAGACCGAAGAAGAUGAGGCCUAAUAUUCUGUCUGCGGACACCAGGCUGAUCAUGGCCAUUGUGGAGAUCAUUAUCAAACAGAUCAACGCCAGACUAGCCCAGCUCAUGCUGAAAGGAGGUGCCAGUCAGGGAGCCGAAGCUCCUUCGACCAGCAUCAGCUCACCGAGCAGUCAGUUUGCUGAACAGAUGCUGCGGACAAUCACAACCACAAUGAAUGGCCAUACCAUGGGACAGAUGGCGCUCACUCGGCUGUCUGGAAAGUCCCCUCUGGAGAUUGAGAGCAGGCUUGAGACAGAGUUAGGACCACUGGCAGGUCAGGUCAUUGUUGCAACCAUCAGCAGCAUCCAGAGGGCGAAGAGCAACGCUCAGACAAGACAUGAGGUUCAGGUGUCCUCCCCUUGCACCUACUUCCUGUCAGCGGUGUCGGCCGAGGUGCAGAGUCUGGUGGUCCAGAGAUCAGGGAUUAGGAUGUCGGCCAGACAGUCAGGCAGCGACCACCUGCUGAACCUGUCUCGGGCGAAGAUCACCAGGGCCGUCGAGCUGAAAAUGGCUGAAAUGUACGGCGGAUCCCUGUGGGAUUGGUCCCUGACAGAACAGAAUAUCCAGCCACGUCAUGACAGAAUCACUGCCAUGUCCAGUGAUUUGGUGGAUUUGGUGGUCGAUGAUACCCUGGAUGCCCUUGGAUAUCUAGAGAACCAGGCAUUAUCCGGGCCCCAGACCGCUGGAUCCCUGACAGGGAUUGAAGGCCUCGACAUUGAUGGUGUGGCAAGGGACAUGGUCCGGAAAGCUGCACCCAAACUCAAAGCCUCCAUGUCUGAGUUUGAGCUGGAGGGGGGAUCCAGAUCCUCACAGGGCAGCAGUGGUCCCUCAAACCACUCACCUCUGCCUCGCUCCCACUCCGACCUAAGGAUGCUCUGUGUCCGGUCAGCAGUGGCAGUCAGAACUGCCCUGCAAGUGAUAAAAACAGAGCUUGACAGCAACUCAGAGGAGUCCUUUGAUCCGUGCCAGAUGGCUAGAAACCUUCUAGCGCGUCUAGUGUCGAGUGUCGAGAGCAUCGACGAUCUGGAAAUUGGUGAGAUGCUCCAGGGCCCCUCAGCAAUCAUGGAGCCAGAGGCUAUAAGAGAACACCCAGACAUAUCUUCCACUGCCAUCUACCACUCCCUGCUCAUUGAUUGUCCAUUCCCACCAUCAGAGAGGGUUCAGGAAACAAUUAUCCUAAGCCAUCCACUCACUGCACAGGAUGUGACCACACGGGGAGAAAAGCAGCAUCCUGCUGACCUUCAGACCGACAGCCUAAUGGCAGAAUACCUUGCCAAGGCACAACAGGUAGGGACUCAGGUCAUAAGAGAUGCUUCUUUGACCAUGGACAUCCUGUCAGCCCACAUCUCUUCAAGGAACAUUGCUGAGGCCUCAACUCGCAUUCUUGAGUCCCUUCUAGUGGACUUAAACGAGGCAGUUGAGGUGAGUAGGGCAGGGGGGAGCAAGUUCUGGGAACAGGUCCAGUUAUCCUCCCAGAAACUUUACAGCACAGCUGUGGACAAGCUGAAGAGUUUGUACACUGGUUGCCACCUCACCAACGAGCGAGACCACCAGGAUACCCAUGUAACCGCUGACAAAAUUCAGGACAUGGAAGUGUCUACCAACAAUGACCUCAAAGACCCAACAGUUGCAGUCAGCCAGGAGUCAGUCAGACGCAGUGCCAAGAAGAUCCUCACAAAGGUUCUGAAUGUGAUCAAGGCCGGAGUAGCUGGCUCAGAGCACUCAUCUCUGGGCGAGCAGAUGACCGAAAAGUGCCAACUGGCCACGGAGAUGUUGGACUCCAUUCUGAACAGACUAGAAGAUGAUGAGCCUGAUGUGGGUGAAGAGGAUCAUCUUCAUGUGAUGUCUGUCCGUGAUGUCUACCAGGAUGUCUCAUCUAAAACCUCUCAGGUUUGUAUGAUGGUGAGUAGCCAGGCGAUGGACCCGCUGACCGAUGAUGUGUCUGCCGCGACCUCUGUGCAUGAUAUUGUGCCCAGGUCAGAGAGAUGUCUCUCUCAGGCCACAAGUACACACAGGUCCGGUACAAGCCAGGCCUCCAGUGACUUUGUUGUUGAGGACAUGUCUGAGCUCCAUUCCAACCGCACUGACACUGAAUUGCCUGUGAGGUGCACUUCUACAGCUGUUGCCGAUACAGAGACUCGUCACGUCCCCUCUGCCAGAGUGAAGAAGAAGAGCCAGGGCCAGAGGUUCAGUUGCUGCCCAAAGUUGCCAACGGUCAGGAUCAAGGUGUUCAAGAGCAGAGUGGAACCAGAGAGCCACCUCACUCAAAAGGAGCUGCCUUCGCAGCGUUUCAGCACCUCUCGAGUUGCGCUGGAUGAUGAUCAUGUUGUCCCAUUCAUUCCCCAACUUGAGGACGACCUGCCACCAGCACCUGCACAGGAGUCCCAUAAACGUCCCCUGUUGGUCAGGGUGUUCCGGGCCAUUUCCAGAGCCAUCUCAAAACCAUUCAAGGGCUGUGCUUGUUGUAGGAAGAAUUAGGAAAGGGUUAGCCAUCAACAUCUAAUAAACAUCAUUGUGUCUGCAGUCAAAUUGAAUAGACUCUCUUGACAUGGAUAUUUUAGUAGACACUUAUCCAGAGCAACUAGGGUUAAGUGCCUUGCUCAAGUGCACAUCAACAGAUUUUUCAUUUCGUCAGCUUGGAGAUUCAAACUAGUGCCCUUUUGGUUAUUGAGCCAGCACUCUUAACCACUAGGCUACCUACCAUCGCAUUGGUUCUACCAUAUUGCUUAUUCUUUUUUGAUUCCUUCCUAUCUGCAAACACUGAAGUGAUAAGGGGUUGGUCAAACUGAACAUUUCACACCAGAUUUGUUCCAUUUACUGUGUUAAGAACAUGAUUUCAAUAUUUGUAAUAUACUUGCAAACUGAGAAGGCAUUUCAAACUAGCUUUGUUUGUAUUGACCUUGGUGAAAAUGUGUUUAAAUUACAUUGAAACACAAAAUUAAUACAAUGAGUGGCUUUUUCAACACAUUUAGAUGCAUUUUUCCAGUGGGGGAAGGGGUAUGGUUUGUGGCCCAUCAUAUUCUAUACAGCUCUUCGGGAGAGGUUGCCAAGGUCAAAGUGGAGCUAUUAUAAUCCUGCUGAUCAUACAGUCUUUGUAAUGAAUAAGGGUCCAUUAAUAGGGGCUAGGGUCAGCCUGAGAGGUAUCUGUUGGUUGGAGGCCAAGGGUGGGCUUGAAAAUGGGUCAUUGACAGUUGCUAUUUAGAGCUUCUGCAUUCCCUUGCUCCUUCUGUCAAUGUAUAUAAUCCCCCUGUCUCUCUUGCACCCCUUUGAUAGUUUGAUUUAUGAUCACCUCUCUAAACCUGUAGUAUUUUUAAAUAAUAAUUAUCUUAACUAUGGCCUAUAGAUGGAGGGGUACCAGGAGGGAAAUGUAAGAGAAUACAGAUUUGUGUAUGUGAAAAUAUAGGAAAGUUCCCAUUCCCAAUACUGUAUAUUAAGAUGAUCUUUUUCCAUUAUGCAUGACUGUUAUGCAUUUUCUAUGCAUAGUCUUUUAUCUUUAUUUUGUAUCAUUGUAUCUUGCCUGUUUUUCAUAUACUUUCACAAAUACCCAAUGAUUACACUGAUAUGUACACUCUCAAAGAAGACAUCAAUAAAUAAAGAUUUAUGAAAUA